UUAAUUUAAAGCAGGGUCUGCGUAUCACCUGAAGUCAUCUCUCCUUGGGGCAUUCCACAUGUCCAGAACUGCCAUUUGGUAGUGGGGCAGCCCUAAGGCUGUGGGGAGCAUGGAAACUUAUAUGCAAAGGAGGACCUGGAGAAACGCGCCACCGACAUCCUUUCAGGCGAGCAGAAUGGACGGGAAAGAGAGGCCGCCCCGUGUUCCGGUGUUGCUGUGCACCUAGGAGCGGCUCCGAGGUACCUAGGUGUGGACAGGGACAGGCAUGGUGGGGGACGAGGAGAAACGAAAGCCACAUGGGUGGCGGGAGCUCUGCACACAACUCGCUCGCAACCGCUCCCUCCCCGCUGUGCACUCAGCGGAUCCCGGGACCGGAGCAGGAGGCUGGGGCUGCACAGGGACUCCGGGACAGACAGUGCUGAAAGCGGCGGGGCGACGGGUGGGGUGGAGACGAUCGCGACGCCAAGGCCGGGUUCGCGGACGCGAGGAGAAGAGGGUGGGAGGCAACCUCGUGGAAACUGGGAAAGGCGGCCGGGACCUCAGGGACGCCGCGGGCCGUCGGGCGCACAGCCCCUAGCGCGCGAUCUGGCGCCAAAGGAGAGGUCCCGCGGUGCGCACGGAGCAGAGCUCCGGAGACUGUGCGCCCGGCCCUCUGCUGCGCACAGCGCAGCCCAGGAUCGCGGGCUGCCGGGACUCAGCCGGGCGGGUGCAAGCUCGGGUUUUGCUCUGUCGCCCAGGACGAAGUGCAGCGGCGCGAUCUCGGCUCAUUACAACUUCCACAUCCCGGGUUCGAGCAAUUCUCCUACCUCAUCCUCCCGGGUAGUUGGGACGACAGGUGCCUGCCACAACAUCCGGCUAAUUUUGUGUAUUUUUAGUAGAGUCGGACUUUCACCGUGUUAGCCACGAUGGUCUCAAUCACCGACCUCGUAAUCCGCCGGCUUUGGCCUCCCAAAGUGUCUUUUUCUUCCUUUUUUUUCUUUCUCUCUCUCAAUUCUUUUUUUUUUUUUUUGAGACGGAGCCUGGCCUUGUCGCUGAGGCUGGAAUCCAAUGACACAAUCUCGGCUCACUACAACCUCCACCUCCCAGGUUCAAGCAAUCCUCCUGCCUUAGACGGGUUUCACCCUGUUGGUCAGGGCCUCCUCCGUGCAGGGCCAGCGAUCUCCUGAGUAGCUGGACUGACAGACGCCUGCCACCACGCCCGGCUAAUUUUGUAUUUUUAGCAGAGACGGCAUUUCACCAUGUUGGUCAGGCUGGUCUCGAACUCCUGACCUCAUGAUGUGCUCUCCUUGGCCUUUCAAAGUGCUGGGAUUAGGGCAUGAGCCACCGCGCCCAGCCUGGAAGUCACAUUUUAACUUCUGAGAGGAAGGGGAUUCCUUUGCUUGGUUAGGUACUUUCUGCCUGAUCACACCCCUGAGACAAUUGCCCUCCUCCUUGGGCCUCUAAGUCAGAGUUAAGGAUACUGAGGCUCAAGGCUGUCCCGCUGCACAUCACCCAGUUGGUCAGGGGCCUGCUGGCUGGUCCCCAAUGCUCUGUCUAGACUCUGACCAAUCAGGGUGGAUGGGGGUUGGAGACAUUCAAUCUUCAGGGUUCAGGACAGAAGGUUCUGGCUAGGAAUCUCAGUGUUCCUGGGUUGCCUGUGGACUUGGGACUUUCCUGCCAAAGUAAAACAGGAGUGUUUUCUCUUCCCAGUGUGAAUAGAGAGGACAUGGGGCUUCUGUUCCUCUGUCCUGACUGGGAAAGGAACUCUGUGGGCUGGCCCUGCACAGAGGAGGCCCUGACCAUCACGGUGAAACCGUCUCUACUAAAAAUACAAAAACAGUAGCUGUGCAUAGUGGUGGGGGCCUGUAAUCCCAGCUAAUCAGGAGGCUGAAGCAGGAGAGUCACUUGAACCCGAGAGGCGGAGGCUGCAGUUAACUGAGAUCCUGCCAUUGCACUCCAGUCUGGGCCACAAGAGCGAGACUCCGUCUCAAAUAAAAAAAAGAGAGAGAGAAAGAGAAAGGCAUGGGGUAGGGGAGGGUGGGAAUGGUAUAGACUUAAUGUUAUUAUGCAAAAGUCAGAUGUACUGGAGAAAUAACUGGAUGUCUGUUUAAAAAUUUUUUAGAGACGUUGACUCCCUGUGUUGUCCAGGCAUGACAAACUCCUGGACUCAAGCGAUCCUCCCACCUCAGCCUCUGAAGUAGCUGGGACCACAGCUUCCCGCCACCUCCCCCUUCUUGCUUUCUAAUUUAAAGCAGGGUCUGCAUAUCACCUGAAGUCAUCGCUCUUUUGGGGACAUCCGCAUGUCCAGAACUGCCAUCUGGUAGUGAAGUGCCCUAAGGCUGUGGGGAGCAUGGAGAGUUUUUUGCGAAGGAGGACCUGGAUAAAUUUGCCCCCACAUUCUCUCAGGCAAGCAGAAUGGACAGGAGAGAGAGGCCGACCCGUGUUCCCAUGUUACUGUGGACCGAGGAGCUGGUCCGAGGGACCUAGAUGCCGGGACGGGAGCAGUAAGCUGCACACGGACUCUGGGACAGGCCCGGCAGAAAACGGUGGGGCGAGGUGUGGGGUGGAGACGACCUCUACGGUGGCUCCUGCACAUGCCCCAGCUCCUGCAAGUGCAGAGUGCAAAUGCACCUCCUGCAAGAAGAGUGAGUGUGGGGCCAUCUCCAGGAAUCUGAGGCUGUGGCUAAGGUUGGGAGGGAACCCUCGGCUGGCCCUGAGCUGCUGUUCCUGUUGCCCGGUGGGCUGUGCCAACUGUGCCCAGGGCUGCAUCUGUAAAGGGGCGUCUGAGAAGUGCAGCCGCCGUGCCUUAUGUGGGGACAGCUCUGCUCCCAGAUGUAAAUAGAUCAAUCUGCACAAACCUGGAUAUUUAAAACAAUAUAACCCUAAGCAGUUUGCUGCAUUUCUUUUUCUCUUAAAUAUGUGAGUGACAAUAAAACGACUUGAAUCUUA